AACUUUCCGGUUCCCUUUCUAUAUCCAUCGUCCAAUGGCAGAAAACAAAACUCUUCCUACGUAUUUCUGCAGAAACUGCGAGAAUCCACUAGCUCUCGGUGAAGAUCUCAUCUCCAAAAAAUUUGUGGGAGCUUCGGGGCCAGCGUUUAUGUUUUCACACGCGAUGAACGUGGUGGUUGGACCGAAGAUUGGGAGGAAACUAAUAACCGGCUCGUACGUGGUGGCAGAUGUGAUGUGCAGUAAGUGUGGUGAGACGUUGGGUUGGAAAUAUGUUGAGACCUUCGAUCUUAAACAGAGAAUCUGGAAAGGUGAGAACUUGGUUGGAGCAAUUGAUCACGCCCUGAAAGUGUUUGAUAAAAUGGCUCACUCAAUUGGUCCAAGACUGUAUAGUUGCUGCAACUGCAGAAACCAUGUUGGACUUCACGAUGAUAUCAUCUCUAAGGCUUUUCAGGGAAGAACUGGGCGAGCCUUCCUGUUCUCCCACGCAAUGAACAUUGUGGUAGGGCCUAAAGAAGACCGUCAUCUUCUAACUGGUCUACACACUGUGGCUGAUAUAUCUUGUGCUGACUGUAAUGAACCGUUGGGUUGGAAAUACGAGCGAGCUUAUGAGACCUCACAGAAGUACAAGGAGGGCAAGUUCAUAUUCGAAAAGGCUAAGAUUGUCAAGGAGGAUUGGUAGAGCUGAGGAACAUGUUUGAAUUCAUUAUUGGAUUGGCUCAAAAACUGUACAUAGAUAAAAUUUGGCUUUGUCAUUUCCGAUCUUGAGGGAUUUCACAAGUCAUCAUCAGCCAUUUUUCCAGUUCUUAAUUGUCUCUCUCUGUGUGUUAAUUAUAUGUCGUCUCGUGUUCAAACUAUGGAUUUGUUCGUACAAAGUUUCUCUGUUAAUAAAGAUGUUAAUAGUUU